ACGAGGGAGGUAGAAGCUGAUGGCAGGCACGCGCCACAACAACAGACGGAGGCUGCUCGAGAUGUCAGGACUGGAUUGUCAAGGGCGCGUGAAAAAUGAUUCCGGCUCAUGGGAGUCCCGCGACUGUGACUAGCUGAAUGUGAGCGCGCAGGCAGUCAGUGUAGUCUUGAGCGGAGCGCGCUGCGCUUGUAGCUUGCUGUUUUGCGGGUGGGGGUUGGCUGCAAGCAGCUGCACCAAGCGGUUUCACUUCGCUCUAAGACGCUGACUAGGAGUUCUAGGAAGACUGAACAUGCUUUUAUUAUGACCCGAGUCAUGAGCCUAUUGUCUGUCCCGUUAUAAUGUGCAGUCUUUAUUUUUAUGUGAGAAGGACCAGCAUGCUGAGAUGCCUUGAUUUUCUGGAGGUACCCUUCCUAUUAUAAUGUCAUAUUAUAAUGGUCUGUGGGAAUAGUAAAGACAGUGUCACUUGAAAUAGACUUCAUGAUUUUUAAACGCCUUAUGUACACCUAGUCAUUGGUGAUUUCGCUGGGAGGAUGACAUUGUAUAAGUCGUUGACUUUUUUAUGCUAAAGUGACUGCUAAACUGGUCUGUGCCUUUUCUCGCGGCUUUAUUUAUUUGGGGAGUAGUUAACGCUGUAAUUGUAAUUACAGUAAGGAUGGCAUCCGUCCGUUUUACAGUCACACCAACGAAAUUUGAUGAUAUUCCUGGUAUCUCGGACAGCAGCCCAGAUCUGAGCUCCAGGUCCAGCUCCCGGGUCCGGUUUGACUCCAAGGAGAGCGUGCCGGAUGUGAGCAGGAGUGAACCGGCGAGCGAGUUGUCAGCGAGCACACCAGUGGUGGAGGGAGCUGAGGACAAGGGUGCCAACACAGGGGACAAAGAGGAAGACAGAAGUCUGACUUCCAUCACUGGAGAGAACAGUCUACUGCUAGACGAGGUUCGAAAACGAGAGAACAGUGUUUUUCUUAACAACAGUCACUACCAUAGUGUUAGCUACGAUGACGAUGAUGAGUAUUGUGAUAAGAACCUCGCCCUUUUUGAGGAAGAGGUCAUUCUACUGGAAGGGAGAGGAAGAGGUCAUCCUACUGGAAGGGAGAGGAAGAACUCAUCCUACUGGAAAGGAGAGGAAGAGGUCAUCCUACUGGAAGGGAGAGGAAGAGGUCAUCCUGCUGGAAGACAAAGGAAGAGGUCAUCCUACUGGAAGGGAGUGGAAGAGGUCAUCAUACUGGAAGGGAGAGGAAGAGAUCAUCCUACUGGAAGAAAGAGGAAUAGCUCAUCCUUCUGGAAGGGAGAGGAAGAGAUCAUCCUGCUGGAAGGGAGAGGAAGAGGUCAUCCUACUGGAAGGGAGAGGAAGAGGUCAUCCUGCUGGAAGAAAAAGGAAGAAAUCAUCCUGCUGGAAGAAAAAGGAAGAGGUCAUCCUACUGGAAGGGAGUGGAAGAGCUCAUCAUACUGGAAGGGAGAGGAAGAGGUCAUCCUACUGAAAGAAAGAGGAAGAGGUCAUUCUACUGGAAGAAAGAGGAAUAGCUCAUCCUGCUGGAAGGGAGAGGAAGAGAUUAUCCCACUGGAAGGGACACUUUGUUGUUGUUGUUGUUGUUGUACAAUGUUGACGGCUAUAUCGAUGAGUGCAAUAGCAACUAACGGAGUGGUGCCAGCCGGAGGAUCCUAUUUCAUGAUUUCUCGUGCAUUAGGUCCAGAGUUUGGAGGGGCUGUUGGUCUCUGCUUUUAUCUUGGUACCACCUUUGCUGCUGCUAUGUACAUCCUGGGAGCAAUUGAAAUCUUCUUGAAUUACAUCUCUCCACCUGCUGCAAUAUUCUCUGGCGAGGGCUCCAUGCUUAACAAUAUGCGUGUGUAUGGCACGUGUUUCCUGAUUCUGAUGGCGGUGGUGGUGUUUGUAGGCGUGAAGUAUGUGAAUAAGCUGGCAUCCCUUUUCCUGGCAUGUGUCAUCAUUUCUAUUCUAGCCAUUUAUGCUGGUAUCAUCAAAUCAGCUUUUGCCCCCCCUAACUUUCAAAUCUGCAUGCUGGGAAACCAUACCUUGAAGAGUUAUGGCAUUGAUAGCUGUAGCAAGAUGCGCACAGUUGGUAAUGAGACCCUGAGAACUGCCCUCUGGGACUUCUUCUGUUCAUCUGGGGAGCUGAAUGCCACAUGUGACCCAUAUUUCCACCUGAACAAUGUGUCCUACAUCCAGGGAAUUCCAGGAGUGGCUAGCGGCAUUAUUGCAGACAACUUGUAUUCCACCUAUUUGAGCAAGGGGGAUCCCCUGGAAAAAGCAUCUUUGCCUUCAGUCGGUUUACCAGAAAGCCUCUCACACUUCGUUACUGCAGACAUUGCUACCUCAUUCACUGUUUUGGUUGGCAUCUUCUUCCCAUCUGUUACUGGUAUCAUGGCGGGUUCAAAUCGGUCUGGUGACCUCAAGGAUGCACAGAAAUCAAUUCCUAUUGGGACGAUCUUGGCAAUCCUCACAACAUCUUUAGUCUAUAUGAGUGCUGUCAUCUUGUUCGGUGCAUGUGUGGAAGGCGUAGUUCUCAGAGACAAGUUUGGAGAUGCUGCAAAUGGUAACCUGGUUGUAGGAAUGCUCUCUUGGCCAUCACCCUGGGUCAUUGUGAUUGGUUCGUUUUUUUCUACCUGCGGGGCCGGUCUGCAGAGUCUGACAGGGGCUCCCCGGCUCCUACAGGCCAUUGCUAAGGACAACAUCAUUCCAUUUCUUCGAGUGUUUGGGCAUGGGAAGGCAAACGGGGAGCCAACAUGGGCUCUACUCCUGACGGCUGGGAUAGCUGAACUGGGGAUCCUUAUUGCCUCGCUGGACUUGGUGGCUCCAAUUCUUUCAAUGUUUUUCCUGAUGUGUUAUCUCUUUGUGAAUUUAGCGUGUGCUGUGCAGACACUUUUGCGGACUCCCAACUGGCGUCCCCGGUUCAGGUAUUAUCACUGGGCAUUGUCCUUUUUGGGAAUGAGCAUCUGUUUGGCUCUUAUGUUCAUCUCCUCGUGGUAUUACGCGAUUGUUGCCAUGGUGAUUGCUGGUAUGAUCUACAAGUACAUUGAGUACCAGGGAGCGGAGAAGGAAUGGGGAGAUGGCAUCAGGGGAUUGUCCCUCAGCGCGGCUCGCUUUGCCUUACUGAGGCUGGAGGAAGGACCACCACACACUAAAAACUGGAGGCCACAGGUUCUGGUACUUCUGAAGUUGGACGAUGAUUUACAUGUCAAGUAUGCACGUCUGCUGACCUUUGCCUCCCAGCUGAAAGCAGGAAAAGGGCUGACCAUUGUUGGCUCAGUUAUUGUUGGGAAUUUCCUAGACAAGUAUGGAGAAGCUUUGGCUGCAGAACAGACUGUGAAGCAUCUGAUGGACAAAGAGAAGGUGAAGGGGUUCUGCCAGGUAGUGGUGGCAGCGAAGGUUCGUGAGGGCAUCUCGCACCUGAUCCAGUCUUGCGGACUGGGUGGAAUGAAGCACAACACCGUAGUCAUGGGCUGGCCCUAUGGCUGGAGGCAGAGCGAGGAUCCCAGGGCCUGGAAGACAUUCAUAGGAACUGUAAGAGUGACCACUGCAGCCCACCUGGCAUUACUUGUAGCCAAGAACAUUGCCUUCUUCCCUGCCAACAAGGAGCAAUUCACAGAAGGUACCAUUGACGUGUGGUGGAUUGUUCACGAUGGGGGAAUGCUAAUGCUCCUGCCCUUCCUGCUACGACAGCACAAGGUUUGGAAGAAGUGUAAGAUGCGAAUUUUCACUGUGGCACAGAUGGAAGACAACAGCAUUCAAAUGAAGAAGGACUUGGCAACAUUCCUGUACCACCUAAGGAUCGAAGCAGAUGUGGAGGUAGUGGAAAUGCAUGACAGUGACAUUUCAGCUUACACCUAUGAGCGGACCCUGAUGAUGGAACAGCGAUGUCAGAUGCUGAGGCAGAUGAGGCUCUCAAAGACAGAACGUCAGCGAGAGGCACAGUUAGUGAAGGAUCGGAACUCUAUGUUACGACUUGCCAGCAUCGGCUCAGAAGAGGAGGAUGAAACUGAUGCCACUCCAGAGAAAGUCCACAUGACCUGGACUAGAGAAAAGUACCUUGCAUCUAAAGUGAGCACAGUACAGGGACCACACGGUUUCCGUGAACUGCUAACUAUUCGACCGGACCAGUCUAACGUGCGGAGAAUGCAUACAGCAGUGAAACUGAAUGAGGUGAUCGUGAAUCGCUCCCAUGAUGCAAGGUUGGUGCUGCUAAACAUGCCAGGCCCACCUCGAAAUCCAGAAGGUGAUGAAAACUAUAUGGAGUUUCUGGAAGUACUGACAGAAGGACUUGAGCGAGUACUAUUGGUCAGAGGUGGCGGUACUGAAGUUAUUACAAUUUAUUCGUAAAAACUGAAUAAAUUGAUCAGGAGGCAAAAUGAAACCCUAGAACCUUCUAGAAAGGGAGAGGGACCUUGCAUUAUUGACUGCUACUUUGAGGACCAAAGGGAUUCCAGGCCUGGUUAAGUUGUAGGCCUGUUUAUGCACAAAUGCUACUGCCAGACAGCUAUUCCUCUCUCUCUCUCUCGCAUGUUUCAGCCAAAAUGUGCUAGUAUGUUGUGUUAUUUUUGUGCCAGUCCCAUUAACCAGAAGUUGAAUUACAUUCCUGACCUUGGGACCUUGAAUUCUCUUCCGUAAGCCUCCUAUCGUUUGCACUAAUGCCACAAACCUUCCUCAGUACAUGUAUUUGUGUUCCUCCACCAUGUUUCCCAAGCACUGACCAGUGGCAGCAGCACCGACAAUAUGGAGCUACGUUAAUUCAUUCUGGAUAGUCCACAUGGAAGUUACAAGGACACUGAAGUCCAGUGGAUGAAUCAGGAGCAGUGACAACAUUUUUAUUUACUUAUAUAAUUUGUCUUUUGUUGUGCUGUUACUUUUGAAUAUGCUGAGACAUUUUUUUACAUUAUCAGUUCUCUCUACUGCAAAAGUAAUUGGAAAAAGUUAUAUUUCCUUAGUGAACUAAUUUACGCCACUGUCUUCAGUACAGAUUUUAUUUGGUUUUAUGUAUGUUUUUAUAAGAUGGAUAUGAGUAGGGAAGAUGUUGAGCAUAAAGUACUGGGAUGAAAUUCUGAUAACUGGAGUUCUCAGCUAUUUGUGAAGGAGAGGUGUUUGUGUUACUGUUUGAAAUCAUUCAGGUGUCUCGUUCCCUCCAAAGAUAAAUUUCUGCUGAGAUACCCUAGUCUAACUGGGGUGGUGGUGAGGUUUUCAUCUGGGACGGGCUGAAUGGCUAGGCUUGUAAAGACCCUGGUGGUUGUUAGCCUAGUAUGAACUUAUGAACCUAUCUGGUCAAUGGGAGCUCAUCUUGAAAAAACGAUCAUGGAUGGAGAUUAUAGCCUCAGUCAUACAUCCAAACAAGGGUGAACAGCUCCCCAAAAAGAAAAAGGGAGCACUGCAUCCUGUAGGGUAAGUGAUAGCCUCCAUUUGAAGGGUCACUCCUGUCUUUAACAUUCUUAAAGUGCACUGAAUGUCAAGAAGAUGCAAAUGUGAAGCUCCCCCCAACACACACACACACACCAGAGUGAGAGCCAUGAUUUCUUAGUAGUUUAAUCAGGGAAACUGUAUUGUCGAUAAAGAAAAAUGGUCAUGUGUCUUUUUAUAACAAACUGUACAGACGAGGAACAAGAUGGCAGACGUCAGUAGAUAUAUAUAUAUAUAUAUAUAUAUAUGUAUAUAUAUAUAUAUAUAUAUAUAUAUAUAUAUAUAUAUAUAUAUAUAUAUAUAUAUAUAUAUAUAGAGCUACUGAACAUGGUUUAUCAGUAUUUCUCUUGUACACUGUGUAGAUUUAUAUACAUAUUUUUGUUGUGCCAAAAAUUCACUCAAACGAAAUAAGAUGCAUCUUUGAUGUUCAUUGAAACAUUUUUAGUUUAGUUUGAUUCUGUUAUAAUCUUGUUUCAUUUUCACUGUUUGUUUUACUAGUAUGGAUCCCCCCAUCUAGUUUGAGACCAUAGACAGUAUUAUCUGUACAGCUUCAGUGAAACAUAAACUGACUUUGUUUCAGUAGUUUACUGCAAAAUCUCUUGGUAAAAAAAUCUGAACCCAAACAGAUCGACAGUGACAACCAUUUGCAAUGUUGAAAUGGUGCAUUGAUCUAGUGUUGAUUUUAUUGUUUAGAGACAGCAGUGUUUAGCAGCAUGUGGUAUGAGGUUUAUUUUUAAACUAAAUUAUUUAGAGUAAUUUCUGUUAACGGCAAAAUUAAUUUUUGGCAAAUUAUUUCAUAGAGAGGCAGCAGUUUGUCUUCAACGUGGAAAGUAAUUUUAAUUUCACAUCAUAUUUAAAACAAGCACGGAUCUUCCAUUGCAGUUGAAGUUCUGGUAAAGUUUACCUUACAUUUUACAGAAUGACUUGAUGUCUGAGAAAGUUCUGAAAAUAUUUGUUUAUGUGCUUUAGUAAUUUAAUUGGAGCUGCUAAGUUUUGUUAUUUUGAAAUGAAAAAACAAAUCCUGCAUUAUAAUGUGUUUUGGCGUGUAAUGUAAUCUUCCCUCUUUUAGCCCACUGACAUUUUGGCAUGCUGGCUUCUAACGUAAUUUAUCAGGUGGGCCUUUUGCACCAGUGAUUGGAUUUCCAGUUUUAGUGCAAGUGAUUUGGGUUUAGAAAUAGCUAGGGUAUUCCUUAGUGCAACUUGUUUUUUGAUACAACCUUUUCUUUGACAGGCAAUUAAACAGGAACUCAUGCCAA